UCGAUCCUCUGCUUCCGCAUCUGCAAGGGAGAUAAGAAGAAGGAGAAUUAUUUAUAGUGCUCGAUUCGUAACGACUGGCUUUUUUCUGCGCAACGGACAGUUUGUGAUGACAUAUUAAGUGAAACCAGUGGUAUUGUACAUUCACUAAUUGGCGUCGGCGAUAGCUUUGGUUGAAAUUUGUAUUCCAUCUAAUUUAUUGUAACAUUCAACAACGUCAAUCAAAAUGAGACAACAUUCUACAGUUACUAGAGUAGGAAUGUUAGCCCACGCAGCGUUUAUUACAUUUCUAACAUUGGCUAUUGUCAGCAGCACCACAGGUUCUUGCUUAAGUUAUGGGCAUUCAUGUUGGGGUGCGCAUGGUAAACGAAGCGGCACAGAGCCCCAGCGACAGGAGGUUUACUUGACCGAUGAAAGAGUAUUGCCCUUGACACUCGGUGACCGAUUACUUCUACCGAAAUUAUUGAAUCGACGAUCUCAACUCGCAGCCCGACUCCGAGACAAGGUUCUCAUUAAAGAUCAAGCACGUAAUCUUAAUGAUGAGACUGAGGCCACCCGCUUGAAACAUGGUAUGCCACCGGAUAUAAUGUCCGAUAUUGAUGAUCCUUCCUAUUACUCGCGACGCGGACUUGUGCCGCAACGCGCGGAAGUUCCAGAUAAUUUGUUAACACCGCAGGAUAAACAACAAGCUGAAUCUGAAGAUGAGUCCAUGGACUCAAGAUUUUAUCAAUUACUGUUGAAAAAUUUAGGUAAAAGCAUGAAAAAAUAAAUCACCGUUCAAGGCUACGCUAAACGAAACCUCUACCUACUUGCCAAAUAACAAAUUCGGAUGUCAUUUUCGUUAGUAAAUUCGAACCUUAUCUACGAAUGAAUUUCGACAAUCGUAGGCUUACUCCUUUAUGUGCGUCUAAUUUCAUUCAUAAGUGUGAUUUUUCAUUAAAAAAGAGCUAAAUUCAUCAAAUUAAAAUUUUAUUCAUAAUAAUCAAAAAAUUAUAGUUCAUUUAAAAAUAUUUUCAUUCUUAGACAUUAAGAAUAUUAAAAUCAACAAUUUAGCAUAAAAACUGUUGAAUAAGAUUAAUCAUACACUAAUUUGUAACGAAAUCAAAUCACUGUUAAAACACGAAAGUACAAUUAGACUUAAGACAAAUACAUAUUCUAAUUUUUUUUAAACCUUAAAUUUAUUAAAUAUUAAUUUUAUUCAAUCCAAGUCUCUAUUAAAUGAUUCUAAUAAAGUCGUUGAACGUUAACUUUUUUCCCUCAACUCCUGGCAAUCACAAAAGGAUAGCUUAAUUAUGUACGUUAGUCCAUUAGAAAGAAAGCAUUAACUUUAUGUAAAUAUAAUGAAGCAAUUAUAUAUUGUUUACUUUCGAAGUAA